UAGAUGCCAUAGUUCUGCUUUCCCCUCUCCUCCACGAAGUUCCUCCUUUGACAGUUAAGUUCACAUUAAACUAUUUGGAUUCGCACGACCACCGUAUUUGAAACGUAUCGGUCUAUCUUCCAUGGCAGACAAAGCAUUCGUGUAUCACCGACUCAGACUCACACUUCUUUUCACAGCAGUUUUCCGUGUGGAUUCAUGUGGCCUGGUUCCCAAAGAGACCAGCUCAGAACUAUGGCCCAAGGAGGACUCCACCUUCCAUAUCCCCUGUGACGUCAACGUGGUUCAGUGUGGGAACAAAAAGAACACAGAAUUCACCUGGCACGUACUCCGAAAAUCCUCUUCAGAACUUCUGAACACAGGCUCCUCACCUAAGUACGCCGUCUUAGAAAAGGGAGCUCUUACAGUGAGGUCUUUCAACGCCAAUGACAGUGGGGUCUACUUCUGUGGCGUGAGCCUCGGGGACCAAGGGAAAAAAGGACAACAGAUGAUUGGACAUGGGACACGGGUGACAAUCGCAGUGCUAAGCCAUCAGAUCCAGCAAGCGUUUCUAUGGCUGUUCUUUGCCAUCCUGGCCCUCUACAGUCUUAUUGUCCUGAUUCUCCUCAUCAUGAAGAUGAUGGGACGUGAUAUUUCAAUUGGAGGAAAAUCUGGAAAUGGCAGCAGCUCAGGGAACAGCUCUACCAGAAGAAGGCACUUCCGGGCUGUGGUGCAAGAGCUCUACAGUAAGAGGAACCCCCGCAACUCUGCAACAUCCCCAGCCCACAGACCUGCGCUAGACUGCCAGUUCGAAAACCCACACACCACGGCACAAGAUGACGACAUCUAUCAGAAUAUGUGACUUCACUUGAGUGUGUGAACAAUGGGUGCUGUGAGAGUCAGUUGAGUGUCAGUUGAGUCACGUUUGUUGGCAAAGGAAACAUGCUCCAGUGAAAACAUAUUCCAGUGAAAAUUCAACAAGGCAAGCAUUCAUACAGUAAACUUGUGAGCUCCCACUGACCUUCUGUGUGUGUGUGUGUGUGUGUGCGUGUGCGCAUGUGUGUGUGUGUGUGUGUGUUUGGAUUAAUGUAAUGUCGGUAUUAUAAUUUUAAAACAAUAAAGUUUUUUUUAUG